UUUAGUUUUAAUCUUGGUUUAGGUUUUAAAAUCGAAAGAACAUCAUAACUUAAAGAUUAGUUAAAGAGUUUUUAAAAUGGAAUAUUCUCAGCAUUCAUCAUCUGUAUCGACAUCAGAAGCGGGAGAACUUGCCGAGAGGUUUCGGAGAAUUAUUGAUCCCAGCUGGAAAGGUGCAUCUCCAGUUAAGAGAAUGUCGUCAUCUGGUCGCCAUCUUUUCUCACCAAUAGACAGUGACCAAGAACUCAAUGACCUUGAAGUGGAAAAUGCUUUUGUGGAUGGAGGAUCUGAAAGUAACACGGACAAAUCAUCACCAUCCAAGUCUGCAGGAUAUGCGACACCAGGGAAGUCUGCCAUGUCACCAUUCAGACCUUCCACUGUAAUGACAAACUUACAACGAGGAAAUGUGCAGACCACAACACCCUCUAUUAUUGAACAUAUGAGUAUCCACCAGAUGGCAGCACAAGGUGAACUUGUUAUACUGCAGCAGGAUAUCAUGGAAGGCAAUGAUGUGAACAAAAACGAUGAGCAGGGGUUGACGGCUCUCCACUGGGCGUGUGCCAACGGGCAGAUGUCCACCGUGGAAUUCCUCAUUCAGAGCAAGGCUGACAUCAACCUGAAUGGAAACAAUGGAGAAAAUGCUCUGCUGCUCGCCAGUUGCUAUGGUUACAGAGAAAUUGUGAAGUUGCUUCUUCAGCAUGGUAUGGACGUGAAUUAUGUUGACGAGAGCGGCAGCACCGCGCUGAUGUAUGCCAGUUUCAACAACCACGCGGCCUGCGUGAAGACAUUGCUGGAGUUCGGUGCUGACCUCACGGUUUACAAUGAAGACCACAUGACGGCAUUUGACCUAGCUGUCGGACAAGACAACAAGACUGCACAACAUGCCAUUGAGCGCCAUAUGUUGUCCAUGUUUGAGGGAUUCACCUGAAUGCUUCCCUCUUGGGAAUGAAGUCAACACAGUGAAAACAAUCAUUGGGAUUAAAGUCACCAUCAAUCAAACCAGUCCUUGGGAUUGGGAUUAAAGUCACCAUCAAUCAACCCAGUCCUUAAAGUCACAGAGUUGAAAUAAUAAUGCUUACUGCACCGAGAAGAGCAUUUGAAGAGAAAACCUUGCACACCAACUGGUUUUUCAAACACCUGCCAAUACUCUUGGAUACAGACAUUCUGAUGCACUGGACAUUGAAUAGAGCUGACCAAGUGCAUACAAGCCAUGGAGUAGUUGUUCAUGAUACCAAAAUAAGCCCGACAUGUCAGACUUUUAAAGUCAAAAGCGUUUGAGCAAGCAGUGUUCUAGCUACACAAAAAUAAAGGGUAUUAUAAAUAGA